UGAUACUGUGACACGCGUCUUCAGUUCAACCUGCAUUUGAUCGUGCGCUGGACAUCAGGAAAGCAAUGGAGACCGAAUCCUUCGUUCUGAAGCCGAACAGGGAUCUGUUAGACCCGAAUUUUGAAGGCUAUAAAUUAAAUUUAGACAAGAUUGCUAUUCAUUCCAAGCAUGUUGAAGAAGGGGUUCUACAAGCUCCGGAAUCCUCCAGCAAUUAUUCCUACCAGCAAGUGCGGCUAUAUGCUCUCCACAACCAUUUGUGGCCAGACCCAUGGGCCCCUGACCAGAGCUUCUACUUCUCUGCAACUGGAAGUGUUUGUCAGGUUGGGAUAGGGCCAGCGCUGCCGGCGGCGGUGCGCUCCGUGCCGGUGCUGCAGCUGCCCGCCAGCGAGUCGCCGCGCCCGGAGCCGACGCACCCAUCGUUGAGCUUCGCCUCCGACCGGCUGGCGCUCGUGUCGGACGGCCGGGGCCGGCUCCACCUGGUGGACACCGGUGACCGCGCCCUGUCCCAGCCCUGGCAGAUCCAGUUCAGCGACUCGCUGCUGGAGGGCCGUGGCUUCGUGCUGCAGCACUCGGUGCUGGACGCGGCCGGCCGACUCCACGUGCUGGCCGGUCACGUGGCCGAGGGUAGCGCCGUGCCCGAGUGGCGGGAGCAACACAGCGACGACGGCGCGUUCGUCAACCUGCUCACCUGGUUCACGUUCGUUAAGGGUGGCGCCGCCUGGCGGCUGGAGCGGCUGCGUCAGGCGGCCACUGCCAGCACCGUCCACUACGCGGCGCUGGACGCGGCGGGCCAGGCGCUGUGUGUGGCCGCGGACCGACUGGAGGUGGUGCUGGCCAAGGUGGAGCGGGGUCAGGUGUGGCCGGAGCUGCUGCCGGGCGACGGCCGCGGCGAGCAGAUAGUCGACCCCGAGCUGGCAGGCGAAAUGGCGCAGCGGCUGGCCCAUCUCACCUCCGACGCCGAGAACCCCAAGCCGGACGCGGCCGACGCCUACAACGUGGCGGAACUGGAGGACUGCGACGACUUCCCGGAGGCGAGCGCCGCCCUGCUGCGGCUGGAUGGCGACACGCACGCCCCCACUCAUCAGACCAGCCUGGACAGUCACCAGUACGUGCUGACGGCCCGGCUGGCGGCCGCCGAGCCCCCCGGCGCUCUGCGUGCGACACGACGUGGACGCCUGCUCUGGCAGCCUCGCUCCGGGACGGACGAUGGCAUUGUGACCACGUCGGCACGCUGA